AUGGCAGAGGAUGGACUUCAGAAAGGCGCCAUGUUUAUGGCAGGUCUGACUCUGUUGCAGUCUCUCCGUGUGGCUUUAACUGGAGCAAAGUUUGCACUUGAUAGAUUUAAAAUUCCUCAGCAGUAUGCUAGCUCCUUCAUUAACAUGGUCCAUAAUCCUAUGGAACUGGCGACGUUUACUGGGAUGGCUAUUGUAAACAUAGCACUUAUUUGGAAGGAGAAGUGGAAGAAUUAUGCUGGGGGUCUUUCCGCUAUAACGAAUGUAGCACUGUGCUGGUCAUUUGUCUUGCUUCUUAUCGCAUUCACUUCUGGAGGAGAACAGGGUAAUCUCACUUUCUACUAUUGGACUAUCGUGUUAGUCUCAUUUAUCUAUGGACUUAAUGUAGCAGCUGUAAUGACCGUGGCAAGUGCAGAUGCCUCCCUUUUUAAUGUAGGAAUUCCUCUAUCUGGUAUCCAAGUUUGUAUUUACUACUUUAUCUUUACUAAACUUGCUGAGAAGUAUAAUUGGUCACACAUAAGCUACAGGAUUAUAUUUUGGCAACUUAUAAUAGCAAUAUUUAUAUCAGCAGUAUCAGCUGGUGUUUGGAUUGCUGUUGCCUGUGGAAGCGCUCAAUCUGGAGGUGGUACUGAAGGUGUUGAUCAAUCUGCCGCUGCCACUUCUCCAAUUCUUAUGGGAAUGGUUGGUAUGGGUGGUAUAUAUGCCUUUUACCCUGCUAUUCUUCCCUACAAGUUGACUGACGUUAGCACUGGCUACGCUAUCGAUCUUGUUGUCUUGUUCGUGAGUGCUGUUCCUGGUAUCAUCAUUGCCAUCUUAUGCAUGUGUAAUGGAACUGAUCCUAAAAAUAAUGGAAAGAAGGGUCCAAAUACUGAUUGGAGUAAGAAUUGGGAGUGGAAUUACGCCUGGAUGCUGGCAUUUCCACACAUUGCUGCAAUGGUUUUGUGCUUUGUUACACUUCAUUAUCCUAGUGGUAGAGUAGCAAGUUCUAUAAAAAGUAGUGGUUUAAAGGUUGGACUUAUUACUGUGACAUUAAAGUUUUGUGAAGAGGGACUCAAGGCAGUAUCAUAUGCCGGAGCUGGUGCAUAUCAAAACCCAAUUCCACCUGUUAAUGCCUUCUUAUCCCAAGGUUUAAUGAUAGUCUUGGCCUUUACUGGAGACGGUUACCUCAAGACUUAUUCCAAGUAUGAGCAUGAUCGUAGUAAGUGGCCUACUAAAGACUUUGGGUUCUGGAGGUCCAUCUCUUACUGGGCAGGGAAUGGAGCAUAUGUGGCAUGUAAGAGUGUUAAAUCAUCCUUUACCAAGAAUGUUAGAUGUAAAGUUUUGGGUAAAUCAGAGGCCUUACUCAUUGUCUAUGCAGAUGAAGAAUUUUAA